GGCAUCGCCCGCGUAGGGCGGCGCGGGAGCCGGGCGGCGGCGCCGCGGCCAUGGAGAGGGCCAGCCCGGCGGCGGGGAAGCUGAACGCCGGCGGCCGCGGGGCGGGCGAUGGGCACGGCCCCGCGGGGGGAGCCCAGCCGCGGGCGGCGGCGGGCAGCGCGGAGCCGGGCGAGCUCAUCGGGCGGGCGCUGGAUUUCAAGAGCGAAGGGGCGCAGUGCUACAAGGACAAGAAAUUCCGGGAGGCCAUCGGCAAGUACCACCGCGCCCUGCUGGAGCUGAAGGCGCUGCUGCUGCUGCUGAGCCAGGAGCCGGCCGGGCAGCGCCCUCCCGCCGCCGCCGCCGCCGCCGGCGGGCUCAGCGAGGAGCAGCGGCAGGCGGUGGAGGCCAUCGAGGUGGACUGCUACAACAGCCUGGCAGCCUGCCUGCUCCAGGCCGAGCUGGUGAAUUACGAGCGAGUCAAGGAGUACUGCCUCAAAGUGCUUCAGAAAGAAGGCGAGAACUUCAAGGCGCUCUAUCGAUCGGGAGUGGCGUUUUACCACCUGGGUGACUUCAACAAGGCCCUCUACUACCUGAAAGAGGCAAGAUCCCGCCAGCCGACAGAUACCAAUGUCAUACGAUAUAUCCAGCUGACAGAGAUGAAGCUCAGCAGAUGUUCCCAGAGAGAGAAAGAAGCCUUGUGAAAAUGAAGCUGCUUCAGCUGAAGUGCCCAAGGGGGAACAUUUCCUUCCUAGAAGCUCAUUUGGUGGAUUUUCCUGUUUGCUCUGCCUCAUCCUCAUCCCCUCAUCCAUCCACUCUCCCUCGCUCUUCAUUGAAUCCCAGUUUUGAAAAAAAAGAGACUUAGACGCUGGAUAUGGCUGCUUGCCAACCAUGGUAAUACCCCUUCCCCGUGGCAGGAGAGCACAACGGCUACAGCCAGCCUUGUUCCAAGACAGUGUCACACACCUGGAGUAGGCAAUGCUGGCGGACCUUUCUGGUCCUGAGCUGACUGCCUAUUACCUAUUAGGGAAGCAACCCCCAGAACGACGAGUUCCUGACCAGGCAAGUUGGAGACAAACAGUUUCUGCUCUGAGUGAUCACUGGAGCUUGGAAGAGCUAAGAAACCAAGAGAGCCGCUGGUCAUUUCACAGGGGAUAGCAAAUGCCUUUUUACCAUCAGUUUCCUCUGCCUGCUUCUCCAGUGUGUGUUAUCGGUCUCCAGUGAGAGCUCACAUGCUCCCGGUCUAAUGCCAGUGAAAACUGUUUCUAAACAUCCUCUUAAUGAAAGCACAGAGCCCCCUAUGAACCCCCUGCAGAGCUGUCCUGGUGCCGGAGGAGAAGGCUGUGGGCUACCACAGAACGCUGAACGGACUAUGAAAGCAUGGUGUACAGUGUGAGGGAAAAACUGUGAAAUAAUUCAUUAAAGGCAAAUAAAAAUUAUUAAUAGGCAA